AUGUCUUCAUCUCCCACUCGAUAUGGCGCAAUGCCAAAGGAGCUUCCUAGCGAUGACCCCGACGAUGUCCUUUUCAAUUCUCUCUAUGGCGUACGGACGAUCGAGUUAAACCGCCCGAAGAAGCUCAACUCUCUCAAUGGCUCAAUGGCACGAAAAAUACUACCUCGUCUGAGGGAAUGGGAGAAGUCGCAGAUGGCCAAUGUGAUCAUGAUCACCGGAGCUGGACCAAAAGCGUUCUGCGCUGGCGGUGAUGUUGCCGAGCUUGCGCAGCAGAACAAGGAAGGGCCGGAAGGCCAGAAAAAGUCGACAGACUACUUCGGCCUUGAAUACCAGCUAGAUCAUCUGAUCGCGACCUACAGUAAGCCAUACAUCGCAGUCAUGGAUGGGAUAACCAUGGGUGGUGGCGUGGGUUUGUCGGUACAUGCGCCUUUCCGGAUUGCGACAGAGAAAACAGUCUUCGCCAUGCCCGAAACGACUAUUGGCUUCUUCCCUGACGUUGGUGGAAGUUUCUUCCUCUCUCGACUUGAUGGCGAAAUCGGAACAUAUCUGGCCUUGACUUCUGAAAGACUACAGGGAGUUCAAGCAUUCUAUGCAGGAAUCGCAACCCACUACCUCGACAGCUCGUUGCUUCCUCAGUUGACCACGCGACUGUCAGAGCUUGUCUUUCGAGACUACGCUAGCUUGUCUGAACGUCUAGACCUCAUCAACUCGACGAUCGCCGAGUUUACCAGCAGCCUUCCGUCUCCCGACCUGGGCAAAGGUUCUAGCCACGGUGAUCUGAGCGGUAAACUGCGAGAAGCCAUUGACCGAACUUUCAAGCAUGACACUGUUGAAGACAUUCUAAGCGCGCUCGGUCAAGAGGCUCAGUCUGGAGAUGAGUACAUCUCCAGCUGGGCGAAACAGACGCAAAAGACGAUCGCUCUCAGGUCCCCAACUAGCUUGAGAGUCACUCUGCGACAGUUGAGAGAAGGCAAAAAUUGGAACAUUAGUGAAACUUUUAUCCGCGAGCAUAGAAUGGCAGCCAAGUUCAUGGCACACCCGGAUUUUGUCGAAGGUGUCUCGGCUCGUCUGAUCAACAAGCCGCCAACGCAGCCCGUGUGGAAGCCUGCAAGCCUUGCCGAGGUCAGCAAGGAGGACGUUGACGAAUUCUUUACCAUCCCCCCUGAAUUUGAACCCCUGGCCCUGUUAGAGCCACAAGAAGGCGCUCUUGAUCAGCACUUCAAGGAGUACCCUCAUUCAGUGUUUGCUUUACCCAGCGAGGCCGACAUUGAGCAGCUUGUCAGGGCGUACGGGCAUGACGGGCCGAAGGCGGUCAUACAAGCGGUUGUCAGCAGAUGGAACAACAAAGUCGGCGUCAGGGAGAAGGUGCAAGAGGUCCUUGCACGUAAGACGAAGCCUGAGGAUAAAGGCAUAUCCUGGAAGCCUCAGAUGCCCAGUUUAUAG